GAGGGCUUGUGUGUCCUCCUAGCUGCUCUCUCACAUGUGUGGGAGUGGAAGUAAACUACUGUCCAACCAGAAACUCUGCAGCUUUUUACAUGCUGGGUACAACUAUUUUUUUUGUCUUAGUCUUUCCAGCAUGUCAUUCCACCACAAAAGAACUGGAGGAGCUGAAGUUCAAAUAAGGCUGUAGACAGUGAUGGGCUCAGGGCUCGGAGCUGGGAUGGGACAAAGCUCUCCUCUAGGCAGCAGGUAACCUCCUGCUAUCAGCCACAGGGAGGUACAAUCAGCAGACAAUGAAAUAGACGAUCACAGCAAGGCGCUGCUACAAAGUAACUCCCAAGACGUCAAAGAAGCUGUGCCUGUUCCAUUUAACUUUUAACUGGAGGGAAGCUGGCAAGAAAAGUUUACAGGAAGUGUUCUGAAGAUUUUUAGCUAGGCAGCUCCGAGGAGGGAAUGCCAGCUUUGGAGAAUAGCUGAUCAAACAGGACCUGUGAUUCAGAAACAAGAUAGGAAAGGACGUCCAAAGAAGAGGGCAAAAAGUAAUUUAUAAGUCCUGUCUAUACGUAUUAUGUGGACCAUGCAACUCCUGGGUGGUAUCAUUUUGUUAAUACUUGUGCUCACAGAAAUUACAUAUGGCGGCAGUGCGCAAGAGUUUCAAAACAGUGAUGGGACAGAACAAGAAUUUAUUUAUGCCAACAGGGAGCGGCGAGCAGCAGAAUCAUCCGACAAAUGCAGCUACACGUUCAUUGUGCCGCAACAGAAAGUCACGGGGGCCAUUUGUGUAAAUUCCAAAGAGCAAGAGACCGUGUACGAAAGUCGGAUCCACAAGCAGGAGAUCGAACUCCUCAAUACAGAACUUUUGAAACAAAAAAGGCAAAUUGAAACGUUGCAGCAACUUGUGGAGGUGGACGGUGGUAUUGUUAAUGAGGUUAAGCUCUUGCGAAAAGAGAGCCGGAACAUGAACUCCAGGGUCACCCAGCUGUACAUGCAACUACUGCAUGAAAUUAUCAGGAAACGGGACAAUGCGCUGGAGCUCUCACAGCUAGAGAACAAAGUUCUAAACCAAACAACAGAGAUGCUACAGUUGACAAACAAGUACAAAGAUCUGGAACACAAAUAUCAGCACUUGGCCUCAUUGGCAAGCAACCAGUCUAUUGUGAUUUCACAGCUGGAAGAACAGUGCCAGAAGGUACCUCAGUCAAAGCCGAUACCACAACCUCCACAACAGCCCAACCGGGUAUAUCAAACACCCAAUUACAACCGCAUCAAUCAAAUUUCCACUAAUGAGAUUCAAGGAGACCAAAACUUGAAGGUCCUCCCACCUCCUCUGCCAACUAUGCCCUCCGUCACCAGCAUCCCAACAUCUACAGACAAGCCAUCCGGUCCAUGGAAAGAUUGUCUACAGGCACUGGAGGAUGGGCAUGACACAAGUGGCAUAUACCUGGUAAAGCCAGAGAACACCAACCGACUGAUGCAAGUGUGGUGCGAUCAGCGUCAUGAUCCUGGUGGCUGGACAGUGAUCCAAAGAAGAAACGAUGGCUCUGUCAACUUUUUCCGGAACUGGGAAACAUACAAACAAGGAUUCGGUAACAUUGAUGGAGAAUAUUGGCUUGGACUAGAAAACAUCUACUGGCUAACUAAUCAAGGCAACUACAAAUUACUAGUUACAAUGGAAGACUGGCAGGGACGCAAGGUGUUUGCUGAAUAUGCAAGUUUUCGCCUGGAACCUGAAAGUGAAUUUUACAAAUUGAGACUUGGUCGUUAUAACGGAAAUGCUGGGGAUUCGUUCACCUGGCAUAAUGGCAAGCAGUUCACCACCCUGGAUAGGGAUCAUGAUGUGUACACAGGAAAUUGUGCCCACUACCAGAAAGGAGGAUGGUGGUACAACGCUUGCGCUCACUCCAACCUCAAUGGUGUAUGGUACAGAGGAGGGCACUAUCGCAGCCGCUACCAAGAUGGUGUUUACUGGGCUGAGUUCCGAGGUGGAUCCUACUCACUGAAGAAAGUUAUUAUGAUGAUCAGACCUAAUCCCAACACGUUCCACUGAGUUCAGGACCGAUUAACAUGAAAAAGCAAAAAAAGACUCUCCUACUUUGGUAGCACUCCUAUUCAGCAGUUUUUGGUUCAGGAUGUGCAAGAGAAUCUCAUGACAUGCAUAGACUGAAACUGUUCCCACCCACCAGUACUGUAAGAUGUUGAAUGUUUACUUCACCAAGUCCUUUGACAUCUCUCAACAACACAACCAUUUCCUUAACCUCUGUAUUCAUAAGUCUUAACAAAAUCUCAGAAUACCAAAAGUAGCCAAGAAAUCUCAAUUUCCAUUGAGUUUACAAUAAUAUCUCCCCUUCUAAAUCAAGAUCACUCUAUGAAAACGAAAACAGGAAAAACACAUCUAUAUAUGUCACAUAUGUAGGUCAUAGUGUAGAACAUUUUAAAGUACUAUGUACUGCGAAAACCUUGUAUUAUCACUCAUUGUUUUUUGACACAGGACAUGACCUCCAAUGAAUUGAUGUAGAACAAAACUAGGAUGCUAUAGAAAGUUACUUUCAAUACUUUGUAGUAUAUUAAUUCACUGACAAUAGCAAAGACAUUUGGCAAAGAAGUACGGUUACAAAAAAAAAAAAAAAAACUUAAGCAUGCAAGGCUACCCAAAACCAAAAGGGAGCCAUUUUUUUACUCUCCGGGGACUAUUUUAAGGAUUCACUUUACUAUGGACUCUGAAUAAUAUUCUGUAAAUGUACUGUAUCCAUAUCCUCACUCCCAUUCUAUAACGUCCUACACAAAAGUGGACAAUCAGGGAACUAUGGGCUGGUUUAUAAAAGAAAAAAAAAUGUAGAAGGGAAAACUGUUGUUUCCUGGAACAACCAAUUAGUUGCUUUUGUUUUCUAACCUCUGCUGCAAACCAGCACCUGGAAUCUGAUUGGUGGCUACAGGUACCAUGUAUGUUUUCUUUCCUUUCUUUCUUUAUAAAACCUUGCUUGUGUUUUGCUAUAACCAAAAACUUUACCUGUACAGUAUUUAGAUGAAUAUGUAAAUAUAUAUUUUUUACAAAUACAUGACAUAUGCUACAUUCUACGUCAUCUGCAUAAAAAGAAAAACAUGUAAAUUGUGUUCUUAACUUUUUUACUUGUCUGUCAUUUUCCCAACACUCUCUUUUCGGAUUGACUGUUAGAACCAAAUGGGAAAAAAAGAAAGGUAUCCACCUUUGCAGGCAAACGUUGGGUGCCAAGCAGUAAAAAUAUUUAAUAUUUCAGUAGUAUCUGAAAAGGAAAGGGCAACAACUUCCAAGCAGCAUACCUUUGACAAAAAAACUGCAACUAAAAAACAUUGUAUGAAAAAAAAAAAAAAUCAAAGAUUUCUCUAUUCAACUCGUUUGUGUGUAAGAAGGAUUCUGUUCAGCUAGCUGGCUGAAUAAAAAAAAAGUGUGUGACCUUUAGGCUAUAAUUAGGUUUUACCCCCUGAUUUAUGAAUCUAAACAGCUCUACUAAAAAUCCAGCAGCAAUCAAGUUAAAAAUUACAUUAGUAUCUGAAUCCCCUACAGCUUAGAUUUUUGCAAGCGCUUUAUAGAAACAGCAUAGAACUAGGUUUCAUUGAAAAAUAUUUUGUAAUUGAUAGCAUUUUGGCCACUAGUAUUAACCAUGAAAACAGAAUGCUUAUUGCCAUAGAGUUACUACUGGAUUGGGGGUUGAGGCAAAGAAUCACUAAAUGACUAUUAAUGUUUCCAGUGAGUUAAAUACAUUUUUCAGAUAUGAUAAGCAUAUAGGACAUGCAAUGAAAGUUAUUUUAUUUCCCAGAGAGCAAAUUAAAAACACCUGGGAUGCAAGGCUGCAGAAAAUGAAUGGAUUUCCCCAGAGAGAACAAGUUGUAGCAUACCCACUAGUGAUACAGAGAAGUAGGAUCAUAGGGAAGCUGAUCACUGUGGACAAGCAAGUGCUUAUUGUUGCUAUAGUGCAAUAACUUAUUUAAAAAAAAAAAUUAAAUGGGGAUGGUUAUGUAGUCUUUUAUGACAGAAUAGGUGCACUUUAAGUUGUUAAAUUCUGGAUUAACAUAUAUUAUGAUAGAAAGACACAUUUAAUUUUACCUUCCCAAUCUCCAGAGAUCCACAUUAGGCAAUGUGGAUCUGCCAUACAUUGCUACGGUUCACAUUUUGCCACAUGGCACUUUUAGACUUUGUCACAAACUGGCACUUCAUUAUGAAUGCAAUUAUUGUCAUCCCAUAUUGUUUCAUAUGACUUUUUUGUGUACUACCAACUGCUUGUUGUAAAGGGUUGUCAAUAAAAAAAUGGAAAAGAAAA